GACGUGUAGCGCAGCAAGAGCAUCUUCCAACAUGGCGUCUGUAUCCUCGGGAUUCCCUUUCAACCUGCCGGUUGCAUCUCUGUUGCUGAUCCUGCUGCUAUGCCUGCAUUCGGGGGGAGGCCAGAAGAAGAAAGAGAACAUGUUGGUGGAGAAGGUGGAUCAGAUGAUGGAGUGGAGCUCCAGGCGUUCUGUGAUCCGGAUGAACGGCGAUAAGUUCCGGAGGUUCGUCAAGGCCCCGCCCCGGAACUACUCGGUCAUCGUGAUGUUCACUGCGCUGCAGCCACAGAGGCAGUGCUCCGUCUGCAGACAAGCUAACGAGGAGUACCAGGUGCUGGCUAACUCCUGGCGCUACUCUUCAGCUUUCUGUAACAAACUCUUCUUCACCGUGGUGGACUAUGAUGAGGGGGCGGACGUCUUUCAGCAGCUGAAUAUGAACUCAGCCCCUACCUUCAUGCACUUCCCAGCUAAGGGGAAGCCUAAGAGGGCAGACACCUUUGACCUCCAGCGGAUCGGCUUUGCCUCGGAGCAGCUGGCCAAGUGGAUCGCAGACCGCACCGACGUACAGAUCCGUGUGUUCCGUCCCCCUAACUACUCUGGCACAAUAGCCUUGGCCCUGCUGGUGUCCCUGGUAGGAGGGCUGCUCUACCUCCGCAGGAACAACCUGGAGUUCAUCUACAACAAGACUGGCUGGGCCAUGGCCGCGCUGUGUGUGGUGUUUGCCAUGACAUCAGGCCAGAUGUGGAACCACAUCCGCGGCCCACCUUACGCACACAAGAACCCCCAGAACGGCCAAGUGAGUUAUAUCCAUGGGAGCAGCCAGGCCCAGUUUGUAGCUGAGUCCCACAUCAUCCUGCUGCUCAAUGCCGCCAUCACCAUGGGGAUGGUCCUGCUCAACGAGGCGGCGACGUCCAAAGGAGAUGUGGGCAAGAGGAGAAUUAUCUGCCUGGUGGGACUGGGCCUGGUGGUGUUCUUCUUCAGCUUCCUUCUGUCCAUCUUCAGGUCCAAGUACCACGGCUACCCCUACAGCUUCCUUAUAAAGUGAGUCUGAGGCGCCGUCUUCAGAGUGAAGGGUGAAGAGGCUACUUGAUGCUGCUAGCUGAGAGGCUGCAGACACCGGGACAGGGUGCAUGGGGCGGGGGGGGUCAUUUCAACUGCUGUACUCAAUCUGCUUAAUAAAUGAUAAUGUGUUGAGAAACUGA